GCGAAAAACUCUAAACCGGGGUUUGCGAACUUGCGUGAGUCGUGAUCCUGGCACCACGCCUCCUAUUUUCAGGUUCUUGCUCCGCCACGACUGGAUGAAUUGCAAUUAACUCAAUUCCAGCCCUUCGGUUCGCCAAGCGGGGAACGAAGAGACGAUGAGCUAGGAGAGAUGAAGGAAGUCAAAUGACAAUUGUGUAUUUAUUUACACAAUCGUUCCCCGACAAGUUCUAGAAUUCUUCUUUUUUUUCCUCCUCCACCCUCAUCAAUCGCUUCGCUUUUGGAUAUCCCAAACCGCAUCGUCUCUCACUCAGUCUCUCACUUUUUUUGUGUUUGUUUGUCCCGCACACUCUUUUUCUCUUCAACCAGUCACCACAUUCUUUCUUUGUGAUUUCCACUCAAAACCAAAAAAAAAACCGUCAAAAUGCACUUCAACAACGCCCUCAUGGCCGCCGUCGCCGUCGCCGGCUCCGUCUCCGGCCUCGCCGUCCGCCAGACCCCUAUCUGGCAGACCCUCCCCGCGACCCCGGACCUCCCCACUCCCAUCUCCACGGCCAAGACCGCCAUCAACGGCAUCCAGAUGUGGUUCCAGGAGUACAACAAGGCGGCCGGCGGCGUCCCCAUCGUCAUGGACCACGGCGGCCUCGGCUACUCUGCCUACUUUGGCUCCGUCAUCUCCCGCCUCGUGUCCGCGGGCCACUACGUCAUCGCCGUCGACCGCCGCGGCCACGGCCGCACGACGUACAACAAGGACGACGUCUUCACGUACGACCAGAUGGCGCUCGACAUCCACGACCUCCUCGAGGGCGCCGGCGUGUCAUCGUACAACGUCGUUGGAUGGUCUGAUGGCGGUAUCACCACCCUCGCGGCGCUGAUCAACUCCGUCACGGCCAAGCCCAUCAACAAGGCCUUUAUCUUCGGUGCCUCGGCCAAGCCUGACCAGACCAACGCCACCUUCAGCGACACUACCAUAUUCUCUACCCUGGUCGCCCGCUGCAGAACCGAGUACGGCACCCUCCAGCCCGGAGCCAACUUCACCGAGUUCGCGACAAAGGUUGCCACGAUGGAGGGUACUCUGCCCCAGUUCACCGACGCGCAGCUCAAGGGCAUUGCUGGUACCAAGGUCAUGAUUGCCGGCGCCGAGCACGAGGAGGCUGUCAACCUCGAUGUCCCCGGUAUCCUGAACAAGGCCAUCCCCGGCAGCCAGGUUACUAUUCUCACCGGUGUCAGCCACUUUGCGCCCAUGCAGGACCCUGAUCAGUUCACCAAGGCUGUUACCGACUUCUUCAAGGCAUAGAAGAGAAGCUUUUUUGGCAUUUGCAGUUGUUUGCUUGUUUAAUUUUGCCUGUUUUAUAGAGAGAAAGUCUCGGGACUCGGGAGGCAUUUGUGUUGAUGAAAAGCCCAUUGGCGUAGCAUUGAUGAGAUAGCUUGAAUCCAACGACUGGAAGAA